GUGCGGGCUGAGCUUCGAGGGACUGAGCUUCGAUGUAGGACCACAUGACUGGGCACAACAAGGAGAAGCGUUAUGAGUGCGACGUGUGUGGGAAGGCCUGGUGGAGCCCGAGCGAGCUGGAGACCCACCAGCGGGUGCACACGGGGGAAUGCCUCUUCGACUGCUCGGAGUGCGGCAAGAGCUUCAAGACGGUGAAUGUCCUGGAGACCCACCGGCGGUUGCACACGGGCGAGAAGCCCUAUGGCUGCUCCACCUGCGGGCAAGAGCUUUGCCUUGUUGUCUGGGCUGCGGAGUCCACGGCGGGUGCACAGCAGUGAAGCGACCCUUCACCUGCUCCGACUGCAGCAAAGGCUUUCAA